UCGCGAUACCUGCAGAGAGGCGGAGCUAAUAGUAACAACGACGACGGCUGUGUCCCAAUUCAGGGUAUGCACGCUUGAAGUACGCAUUUCAAGUGCGAAUACGUCACCGCCACGCGACGACGGCUGUCCCAAUUCAAAGUGUACUUAAAAUGCAUACUCCAAAUGCGCCGUCGAUUUCCCCAAAUAUCAAGCGUGGUCCGGUGCACGCUUCGUGGCCCCAUAUAUCCCACAAUCCAUAGCGCGGCGGUGGGUGUGGAUAAUUUUGCCGCAAAAUACGGCAGAAGGGAGCGGCCGAAGAAUGAACUGGCAAAGAUGUUCCGGCUGUGCUCUGCAGGGCACGCAGAGGCCAUCUGAGCCUGAGCUCGUGUGGAGCGUCGGACAUGAACAACGCCCUGAACUUCUGCAUCAGACGCAGACGGGAAGUCUGCUUAUCAGCUGCUAACUGCUCGGGAAGAUGGAGAUAGUUUCUCACUAGUUAGUUUCUGAGGACUGAAGCAGAGCUACAUGUCUGAGCGUGACGUCCGUGUGAGGCCAGGUGAGAGCAGUGCAGUAAAAGUGGAAAAUGCUUCAGAGUAGAAACGCAGCUCGCCCCGCUGAGCUCUGAUUGGACUCUGAUUGGGUGUGGGUUGUGGAGAGGAUGGCGGGGAGGUAAUAGGAAGCAGGUACGUCAGGACUUCUAUACUUCUGAGGACAUAACAGUUUUUAAAAGUCUACAAACAAAACCAGCCAGCCUGAAGUGAGAAGAGGAAGACACGCACGGGUCCUCACAGAGGCACACAUACCAGACACAGACACAGACACAGACACAAACACACACACACACACACACACACACACACACACACACACACACACACACACACACACACACACAGACAGACAGACAGACAGACAGACACACACACACACAUACUUGGAUUGCAUCACCAGGGGAGGGGACAGCACAGCAGCUCUGAGAUCAGACAGAACGCCUCAGACCACAGACGGGACUACUGCUGACAGCAUUACUACCAAUACUACCAGUACCGCUGAUACUGGGAGAGAGUACUGUCAGUACUAGUCUGAGGUGAGCUGAAAAACAUCUGCUGCAGCUGUGACUCAGUGAAGAAGAAGAAGAACAAUGAGGGGGCUCACUGGGACUCUCCUGCUCUUCGUCUGCCUGCUGGCGUUCGUCUGUAGCGUCUCUCCUCCUCUUCCUCACCCCACAGAUGAAUGUCCUUUUAUGGCCAUCCGUCUGCGGACCUUCCGGCUCAGGCCUACCUGUAAUGGGACAACUCUGAAGGAAAAGCAGCUGAAGGAGAUCCAGGCUCCAGCCACCAACCUGUACCUGCCCAUCCUCUACCUGCUCGCCUUUGUGGUCGGUCUGCCCUCCAACUUGCUGGCUCUCUGGGUUCUGGUGUUCCGGACCAAACGGCUGCCGUCCACCACGCUGCUCAUCAAUCUGACGGUGGCCGACUGCCUGCUGCUCAUGGCGUUGCCAUUUCGGAUCAUCUACCACUUCCGGGGGAACAACUGGGAGCUCGGCGAGCCCUUCUGCCGCCUUGUCAUGGCGAUCUUUUACGGCAACAUGUACGGCUCCAUGUGGUGUCUGGCCUUUGUGGCCCUGGACCGAUACAUCGCUUUGGUCCACCCAUUUCGCGCCAGGACUCUGCGCAGCCAGCAGGUGUCUCUGUGUAUGUCAGUGGUGGUGUGGACAGUGGUUCUGGUUGCCAUGCUGCCGCUGCUGCUGUCACGGCAGACCUACGAAGUCAGCACGCUGCAGAUCACCACUUGCCACGAUGCGCUUCCAGAGGAUGAGCAUGAGAACUACUUCUUGCCGUAUUUCGCCACCCUGUUCGCCACCUGCUUCCUGCUACCCUUAGCCAUCGUCCUGUACUGCCACAGCACUGUGUUGCACACCUUGCUGGCCGGGGGAAAAUUCUACGGUCACGCCAUCCGGGUGACGGUACUGGUGCUGCUGGUCUUCAUCGUGUUUCUGCUGCCGAGCAACAUCCUCCUCCUCCUCACCUAUGCUGACAGCUCACUGGACGGAGAUGGAGAGGACCUCUACAUGCCCUACAUGGUGAGCUUGGCGGUGAGCACCUUCAACAGCUGCAUCGACCCGUUCAUUUUCUACUACGUGUCCACGGAGUUCAGGCAAAAGGCCAAGGGCACUCUGUGCUGCCACUGCGAUUCUGAGGAUAAAACAUACUCUCUGGUCAAGAAUAUGUCAUCUUUAUCAUCAGGCCCAAGGUCAAAGGUCACCCUGCUGUCCAUGUCCAGUCGACAGAGGCCACCUGAGAUGCCAUGCAGCUCCCAGGAGAACAGAGUAACGGACACCUGACUGCAGACUGUCACGCAAAUGUCUUCAAAUUGUUGGACUGCUCCUUUAAAUGGGGAACUACAGUAUAUUGAUCUCUUAUUGGCUCUGAUCACAUCAGCUGAUGUCACAUGUUUAAUGAUUUGUUUUUUCACUAGGACCAAUUCUGUUUACAUUAUACAUGCUUCCCCUAGGCAGCAUCAUUAGAAGACAUAGCAUACAUUUACACUGCUAUGCAGAUGACACCCAGCUCUAUCUAUCCAUGAAGCCAGGUAACACACACCAAUUAGUUAAACUGCAGGAAUGUCUUAAAGACAUAAAGACCUGGAUGGCCGCUAAUUUUCUGCUUCUUAAUUCAGAUCAAACUGAGGUUAUUGUACUCGGCCCUGAAAAUCUUAGAAAUAUGGUAUCUAACCAGAUUCUUACUCUGGAUGGCAUUACCUUGGCCUCC